UCCAAGGGUGGGAGCAUGAAGGAGAAGGCCAAGGCCAUCACUGAGAUUUACCUGACACAGCUUCUGUCAGUGAAGGUCACUCUGCAGCAGUUUAUGGAUACGACUCCAGCGGUGAAGUAUUUCUUUGACUUCCUGGAUGAACAUGGAAAGAAGCAUGAAAAUAUAUGGAAAACCAACAGUUUGUCACAAAGGUUCUGGGUGAACAUCCUGAAAAAUCCUCACUUCAUAUUUGACAUCUGUGUCCACGAGGUGGUCGAUGCUUCCCUGUCGGUCAUCACUCAGACCUUCAUGGAUGCCUGUACAAAGAGUGAUCACAAGCUGUCAAGGGAUUUACCAAGCAGUAAGCUUUUCGAUGCUAAGGAAAUCUCAACCUAUAAGAAGAUGGUUGACGAUUACUAUAAAGGUAUCAAACAAAUGGUGCCAGUCAGUGACCAGGACAUGAAUACUGACUUGGCAGAAAUCUUCCAAGCCCACACUGACAAGCUCAAUACCCAGGUUGCUGUGCACCAGCUCUACCAAUAUGCUAGCAAGUACUAUGAUGAGAUCAUUAACGCCUUGGAUGAAGUUCCAGCCACGGAGAACAAGCAAUUAAUUCUAAGGCUGCAACAAACUGCAGCUGCACUGGGACACAAAGUGACUGACCUCUAGUUCUAAGGAUGGAGCAGGGCUUCACCAGCACCUUCUUCGAGGAAGAAGGAAAGUAUUCUGGAGACUCUGACACUGCUUCCCUUUG